AUGAAGGUUCAGAUCUUCUCUAGAAAGUUGAUAACUCCAUCAUCUACAACUCCAAACAGCCUUCAGAAGUUGCCAAUAUCUUGUUUGGAUCAGAUUCUUCCUUCAAAUUUUUACACUUCUUGCAUUUUCUACUACCCAGUCAGUGGUGAAGAAGAUGGAGUUCAUACUGCAGAAAAAAGCGAGCAGUUGCAAAAAUCCUUGUCAGAAAUCUUGACCCUUUAUUAUCCACUUGGAGGAAGAUACAUGAAAGGAAAUCUCUUCAUUGAUUGUAAUGAUAAUGGAGCAGAAUAUUUGGAAGCUAAAGUAAGUGGUUGCCUCUCUGAAUUUCUCAAGGAAGGAGAGCUUCAAACCGAGCUGCGGAAUCAUUUAGCUCCACCAGUAAUUCAACCUGACAGCAGCCCUUUACUUAUAGUUCAGUUCAACUUGUUCGAAUGUGGUGGACUUGCCAUUGGUAUAUCUCUGUCACACAAGAUAGUUGAUGGAUUCACAUUGUUCACAUUUGUUGAUGCUUGGGCUACUACAUGCCGCAUAGGGGUUGACAAAGUACGGCCCCCAACUUUCCAGUUAGCUUCCUUCUGCCCACCCAAAGAGUUAUCUGCCAUCAAGGCUUUUGUUCCGAGGAGCGAAGGAGAUAACAAAAUUUUCGAGAAAAGGAUUGUGUUUAAUGGUGCAGCAAUAUCAAAUCUGAAAGCUGUUGCUAAUGAUAAUGUUAAUGGUCCAGCAGGGCCAAAAUUCGAACCAACACGAUUGCAAGUGGUGACAGCAUUCAUAUGGAGGGCUCUCAUCAGGGCAUCUCAAGCUAGAAAUGGCUGCUUAAGUCCUUCUUUUCAGACACAAAUAGUUGACAUGAGACGGAGGACAGCGCUACCAGUUCCAGAGAAUAUGUGUGGAAAUUUUGGAACCAUGUCAAUUGCACAAUUCAUUCCUGAUGAUGACAGCACAGUGCAACUUCAUGAUGUGGUAAAUUGGAUCCAUGAAGGAAUGAGUAGUACUAUCUCAGAAUGUGCUAAAGCUUCAAAUGGUGAUGACAUAUUUUCAAUACUGACGAAGAAGAUGCUUAAGAUGAAAGAAAUAUUUGAAACAACUGAAAUAGAUGUCCAUAUGUUUAAUUCAUGGUGUCGGUUUCCGACUUAUGAAGCAGAUUUUGGUUGGGGAAGGCCAGAAUGGGUGAGUAACGUGUAUCUACCAAUGGAGGGGGUUUUACUUUUGGACAAUAAAGAUGGUGAUGGAAUCGAGGCAUGGGUUAGGUUGAAGGAAAACCGCAUGCUUGAUUUUCAAGAAAUGUUGGAUCUCGUAUAA